AUGAACGGUGAAGUUCACGACCCGAGUUUCAAGAACAUCUACACCGGCGAAUGCACGCGCGUAACGCAUCAUAAUAAGGAGAAGGGCCGAGAGCGUAAGUCGGAAGAUUUCCUCGGAGAUGACGUCGAACAGGCUAUGGAGGCGUAUCGUCUGGCCGCGGCCGGAAAGCCAAUUUUGGGCUAUCUGUUCGUGGAUCCCCAGGUUCUCGAGAAGCAGAAGAGGGCCGAGGAAGAACUUCGUCUUGCGGAGCAUGCGAAGUCAAAGGAAAAUGAGAAGCUCGAGGCCAAAAUCAAGGAGGCUGACGAGCAGGGCAAACCUCACUGGAAAUUCUACGAGCGAAUGAGGAGGGAUCAAGAGGAGCAGUGGAAGAAGGAUGGAAAGCCGAAUCGCCGUACCUACAAUUCGAAGAAGGCAACACCCGCAGCUGCCGUCGCUUCUGCCUCCACAGCUCCUGAGCUGUCUUAUGAAACCUUCGCAGAGCCUCUCCAGAGGGACGAGAUGACGACUGGGUGCCAGAAGAAGGAAAUGACCAAGUCUAAGGCCCAGAGGUUCAUGAACAAAUUCAACAAGCAGCAGAAUGGUUCCAAAAAGAAGAAGAAGAAGGACUGA